AUGGCAGAGGUCGCAAAUAAACAACUCAGAAGGGCCGGUCAAAAUAAACCCACAAAUAGGGAUGUCAAUAGAGAGGCCAAUAGGAAUACCAACAGAUCCUCAAAUCAUAUCGCAAAUAAAACUCCAAACAAUGUCGCAAAUAAAACUCCAAACAAUGUCGCAAAUAAAACCCCUAACAAUGUUGCAAAUAAAACCCCUAACAAUGUUGCAAAUAAAACCCCUAACAAUGUAGGAAAUAAAACCCCUAACAAUGUAGGAAAUAAAACCCCUAACAAUGUAGGAAAUAAUAGAACCCCAAACCAUAUCGAAAAUAAAACUUCCAACUAUACCGAAAACAAAACCACAAAUGAGACCACAAGUAAUGUCGUGAAUAAUAUCUCAAACAAGUCCCCAAAUGAAACCGUAAAUCAUGUCGCAAGCGAGACUAUAAGUAAGGCCACAAAUGACACUACAAGUAAGGCAACAAAUGAGACUACAAAUAAUGUCACAAAUGAGACUAUAAGUAAUGUCACAAAUGAGAAUAGAAGUAAUGCCACCAACAAAACCACAAGUAAGGCAACAAAUGAGACUAUAAGUAAUGCCACCAACAAAACCACAAGUAAGGCAACAAAUGAGACUAUAAGUAAUGCCACUAGCAAAACUACAAAUAAAUCUCUAAACGAAGGUACAAAUAAUGCCAUUAACGAAACCACAAGUAAGUCUCUAAACGAAGGUACAAAUAAUGCCAUUAACGAAACCACAAGUAAGUCUCUAAACGAGGGUACAAAUAAUGCAGCUAACAAAACCACAAGUAAGUCUCUAAACGAGGGUACAAAUAAUGCAGCUAACAAAACCACAAGUAAGUCUCUAAACGAGGGUACAAAUAAUGCAGCUAACAAAACCACAAGUAAGACUACAGAUGAGACUACAAUUAAGGCUACAAAGGAGGGUACAAGUAAGGACGCUAACGAAACCUCAAACCAAAGAAGCAACCUGAAAAGAGGAUCAUUCGUAAGCAGGGAUGGGCUAGAAUUAAAGACAUACGAAUGGGUGGUCAGUAACCCAUGCGGUAUCAUAAUAUUAGUGCAUGCAUUAAAUUCACACGUGAGAUUUGAAUAUCUUAAGCUUAACGCAAAAAUUGAAAGUAAUGAAAAGGCAACUCUGAUAGAUGCAGAUAACUAUUAUCUAUACGAAGGAAGUUGGAUAGAAAGAUUAAACAAGGAAGGAUAUUCAGUAUACGGAUUAGAUAUGCGUGGUCAUGGGGAAUCGGAAUGUGUUCUUAAUGUCAAAACGCAUGUAAAUGAAUUUAAAGAUUUGAUUAAUGACGUAUUACAGUAUAUAAAUAUCGUUCAUGAUUCGUUAUACACUGAUGAGGAGAAGCAUUCCAGUGGUGGUAACACUGCAUCAACGAGUAAUGUUAACAAAAAUCAUAAUGAAAGAAGCAAUAAAGCAGAAAACACAAUAUCAACUAAGGCGAAAAAAAAUAAUUCUGAAAAUAAUAACCUGCCAUUCUAUUUAAUGGGUUUAUCCAUGGGAGGAAAUAUCGUUUUAAGAAUCCUAGAAUUAAGAGAAAAAACAGAUGAUGAAAAUAUCAAGAAACUGAAUAUCAAAGGAGUGGUAAGUCUAGCAGGAAUGAUUUCAUUAGAUGACUUAAAAAAAAAAACAGAAUAUAAAUAUUUUUACAUACCAAUAUCAAAAAUUGCUUCCACUCUUUUGCCAACCAUGAGACUUAGCCCUGUUCUAAAAUUUGAAAAAUUCCCAUAUAUUAAUGACCUAUUUAGUUUUGAUAAGAAUUGUUGCCCCAAGCCAGUAACAAAUCGAUUUGGAUGCGAACUUUUGAAAGCCGUAGAUGCACUACAAAAAGAUAUAAAGUUUAUCCCUGAAGAUGUACACAUUCUAAUUAUUCAUUCUGUUUUGGAUAGUGCAUGUUCCUAUGCUGGGGUAUCCACAUUUUUUAAUAAAAUCAAAUCAGAGAACAAGGAAUUAUUUACUAUUGAUGAUAUGGAUCACAUACUUCCGUUGGAACCAGGAAAUGAAAGGCUUCUAAACAAAAUUAUAGAUUGGUUAUCCAACAUGGGAAUGAAGAAAAAACACAUUUCAUGUGCGUAA